CUGUGCCGGGCUCUGUGUCCUGGGAACGGCUCUGCUGUUGGCGCUACUCAUUACUCACCGCAGGAGGGGGCCAGGUCACCCCUCCUAGCCCCAGGCUGGCUUGUGUCUCGAGGACGACGCUGGGGCAGCUUUGCUUCACCGUCUCUCCCCCACGUCUGGAGUCCCACCUUGACUGCGGGGGUCCCCUGAGAACAUUCCAGCUUCCAAGUGGACACAGCAGGGCCACUGCCUUGGCAAGGCACAGACCCAUCUGGGACGCGCGGGGAGUGGUGAGGGCCUAGCGCCCCUGCUGGACGUGGGACAGACGGACAGACAGACAGAUGGGCAAGCUGGGCCCGUAGGAAGGGACCUGCAGAGUCCUGUAUUCCCAGUCCCCGCUAUCACACAUCAUCUCUGUGAUGUGUGGGUGACCCGCCCAGCUCCCCCAGAGGGUGCCCCGUCCCCAAGCACAUGCUGGCCCAGCCCCGUGUGGCCUGUCAUGCUGGCGUGGGGGUCCCUGUGGACAGAGGGCCAGGGCCGAGCCUGGUGUGCCCUGGCCACCGGGGCAGAGUGGGGUGUAUCCCACGAGCCCUCCUGAGGUGGGAUGCAGGCUCCGAGCCCUCCCUCUGGCCCAGCAUCUUCAAACGGCACCUCCGGGCUGGGGUGUCCCCUGGGCUGAACCACCUUCUUUCCCGAGUCUUCUCACCGAACCAGCCCCCUCAGCAAAGAGCAGGACGCACUGGUGGGGACAGAGCCACUGAGCCCCUUUGCAUGGCCAGCGGAAGGUCGAGGCGGCUGGAGAAGACUGCUGGCAGCCCCCUGGACUGCUGCGACUGGGGGACAGUGCGGCCAUCCACAGCCUCCGCCCCCCGGGGCGGAAGCCAGCACCUAAGGUGUCUGCCAUGGCCGAGGAAGGCAGCGAGGAGAUCCUGUUUGUCUGGUGUGAGGACUGCAGCCAGUACCACGACUCCGAAUGUCCCGAGCUGGGCCCUGUGGUCAUGGUCAAGGACUCCUUUGUGCUCAGCAGAGCCAGGUCGUCCCUUCCCUCCAACCUGGAGAUCCGGCGGCUGGAGGACGGCGCGGAAGGCGUGUUUGCCGUGACGCAGCUGGUGAAGAGGACGCAGUUCGGUCCCUUUGAGUCCAGGAGGGUUGCCAAGUGGGAGAAGGAGUCUGCGUUCCCGCUGAAGGUGUUCCAGAAGGACGGGCACCCCGUGUGCUUCGACACGUCCAACGAGGACGACUGCAACUGGAUGAUGCUGGUGCGGCCGGCGGCGGGCGCCGAGCAUCAGAACCUCACGGCCUACCAGCGCGGCUCUGACGUGUACUUCACCACACUGCGGGACAUCCCGCCGGGCACCGAGCUGCGCGUCUGGUACGCUGCCUUCUACGCCAAGAAGAUGGACAAGCCCACGCUGAAGCAGGCCUGCGCCGGCGCCCCGGCCGCAGGCACCCCGGAGAACAGUGCCCCCGCGGACUCGGAGCCCAGCCACUGGGGGUGCAAAGUGUGUGCGGCCGUCUUCACGGAGCUGCAGCUUCUGAACGAGCAUUUGCUGGGUCACUUGGAACAAGCCAAGACUCUGCCUCCGGCCAGCCAGCCCACGGCCUCCGCAGAGAAGGGGCCCGAGGGGCCCCCCGGGGAGCCGCCCCCUGCUCCCAAGGGCACCGGGAGCCCCAAAGAGCAGAAGAAGAAGCCUCGGAGGGGGAGAAAACCCAAGGGUUCAAAAUCUGAGCAGCCACUGGCCAUCGUGGAAGGCAAGGAGCCUGCAGAGCAAGUGGCCGAGAUCGUGACCGAGGUGCCCCCGGACGAGCCGGUGCCCACUGCGCCCGACGAGCGGAUCAUGGAGCUGGUGCUGGGGAAGCUGACCACCACCUCCACCACCACCACCGCCGCCGCCGGCGACCCCAGCCCCGCGCCAAAGUUCCCCCAUCACCCCGGCGGGCCCCUGGCCCUCAAGAGGAGCCUGAUUCUGUCCAGCCGCCACGGCAUCCGGCGGAAGCUGGUGCGGCAGCUGGGCGAGCACCGACGGGUCUACCAGUGCAGCCUCUGCAGCAAGACCUUCCAGAACAGCAGCAACCUCAGCCGCCACGUGCGCUCCCACGGGGACAAGCUGUUCAAGUGCGAGGAGUGCGCCAAGCUGUUCAGCCGCAAGGAGAGCCUGAAGCAGCACGUGUCCUACAAGCACAGCCGCAACGAGGUGGACGGCGAGUACCGGUAUCGCUGCGGCACCUGUGAGAAGGCCUUCCGCAUCGCCAGCGCGCUCGAGUUCCACAACUGCCGCACUGAUGACAAGACGUUCCAGUGUGAGCUGUGUUUCCGGUUCUUCUCCACCAACAGCAACCUCUCCAAGCACAAGAAGAAGCACGGCGACAAGAAGUUCGCGUGCGAGGUGUGCAGCAAGCUCUUCUACCGCAAGGACGUCAUGCUGGACCACCAGCGGCGCCACCUGGAAGGCGUGCGCCGGGUGAAGCGGGAGGACCUGGAGCCCAGCGGCGAGAACCUGGUGCGAUACCGGAAGGAGCCCUCGGGCUGCCCCGUGUGCGGCAAGGUGUUCUCCUGCCGCAGCAACAUGAACAAACACCUGCUCACGCACGGGGACAAGAAGUACACCUGCGAGAUCUGCGGCCGCAAGUUUUUUCGUGUGGACGUGCUCCGGGACCACAUCCACGUGCACUUCAAGGACAUCGCGCUCAUGGACGAGCACCAGCGGGAGGAGUUCAUCGGCAAGAUCGGCAUCUCCUCGGAGGAGAACGACGACAACUCAGACGGGAGCGCCGACUCGGAGCCGCACAAGUACAGCUGCAAGAGGUGUCAGCUCACCUUCGGCCGGGGGAAGGAGUACCUCAAGCACAUCAUGGACGUGCACAAGGAGAAGGGCUACGGCUGCAGCAUCUGCCACCGGCGCUUCGCGCUCAAGGCCACCUACCACGCACACAUGGUCAUCCACCGGGAGAACCUACCCGACCCCAACGUGCAGAAGUACAUCCACCCCUGUGAGAUCUGUGGGCGCAUCUUCAAUAGCAUCGGGAACCUGGAACGGCACAAGCUCAUCCACACGGGGGUGAAGAGCCAUGCGUGCGAGCAGUGCGGCAAGUCGUUCGCCAGGAAGGACAUGCUGAAGGAGCACAUGCGUGUGCAUGACGACAUCCGCGAGUACUUGUGCGCCGAGUGCGGGAAAGGCAUGAAGACCAAGCACGCGCUGCGCCACCACAUGAAGCUGCACAAGGGCAUCAAGGAGUACGAGUGCAAGGAGUGCCACCGCAAGUUCGCGCAGAAGGUCAACAUGCUGAAGCACUACAAGCGGCACACAGGGAUCAAGGACUUCAUGUGUGAGCUGUGCGGGAAGACGUUCAGCGAGAGGAGCACCAUGGAGACGCACAAGCUCAUCCACACGGUGGGCAAGCAGUGGACGUGUUCCGUGUGCGACAAGAAGUAUGUGACCGAGUACAUGCUGCAGAAGCACGUGCAGCUGACGCACGACAAGGUGGAGGCCCAGAGCUGCCAGCUGUGCGGGACCAAAGUGUCCACGCGCGCCUCCAUGAGCCGCCACAUGCGGCGCAAGCACCCCGAGGUGAGGCCCCGCCCACUGCACCCCGAGGUGCUGGCCGUGAGGAUCGACGACCUGGACCAGCUGCCCGAGACCACCACCAUCGACGCCUCCUCCAUCGGCAUCGCGCAGCCCGAGCUGAGCGCGGAGCCGGAGGAGCCGGCUGAGGGCAAGCAGGCCAAGGCGCGGCGCGCCCACCGACGCAAGCAGAAGCCCGAGGAGGAGGCAGCGGCGCCGGGCCCCGAGGACCCGCCCUUCAGCGACUUCUCGGACAAGGAGGCGCCGUUCGCGGGCAGCGUUGGGGAUGAGACGGACUCGGCCGUGCAGAGCAUCCAGCAGGUGGUGGUCACUCUGGGCGACCCGAGCGUGACCACACCCUCCAGCUCGGUGGGCCUGACCAACAUCACCGUCACGCCCAUCACCACGGCUGCGGCGGGGACGCAGUUCACCAACCUGCAGCCCGUGGCCGUGGGGCACCUGGCGGCGCCCGAGCGGCAGCUGCAGCUGGACAACUCCAUCCUGACGGUCACCUUCGACACGGUCAGCGGCGCCGCCAUGCUGCACAACCGGCAGAACGACGUGCCGUUGCACGCGCAGCCCGAGGCCUCCAACCCGCAGUCGGUAGCGCACUUCAUCAACCUCACCACGCUGGUCAACUCCAUCUCGCCGCUGGGCAGCCAGCUGGCCGAGCCGCACCCGCUGGCCUGGCGCCCCGCGCCGCAGACGGACGUCCUGCCGCCGCCGCCGCCGCAGGCUCCCCCGCCGCCGCCUGCUGCGCCCCAGGUGCCGGCCGAGCCGCAGCCGCAGAUGUACAGCUACUGACCAGGGGCUGUGGGCAGCCAGCGGCCGGCAGGGCGGCUAGCGGCGUGCGGGGGCAGCAGCGUGCGGGGGCGGGCGGCGGGGGCCGGGUUCUGAGCCCCGAGGGCUGGAUACCAAACGCGCAGACCCCCGUGCGCAAACGUGCGCAGACCUACCCGUGCGCAAACCUACCCGUGCGCAAACGGCCCCCAGCGGCCAGCGCCUGUCCCGGAAGGCGGGAGGCCCCUGCCCAGGAAGGGCAGCCAAGGCUGGAGCGGUCACGGAGCAGGCGUGUUGGGGCCCGCCCGCCCUGCGGAGCUCGGGGGUCUCGGGGUGCGGAGCGGGGACCCUGCUUCUGCCUGGAGUGGGGCGGUGCCCGCAGCCCGCCCCUCUGCCUUGCGGGGUGGGUCUUUUGUCAGCCGGAGCUGAAGCAGCGUGCUCCCACCCCAGUGCAAGUUGGGUGGGGUUUGCCCCGCGGGCCUGGAAAUGCAGAGCCCUGGGCCCCAGCAGUGUGACCCGGUUCCCAGCCCGGUCCCCUGACGCAGGUGGCCCUGACCUGCAUCCCGGCCGUUUGUGGUGCUGAGCCUUCCCCAGCCCCUCCCCGAGCCCCCCAGCGGCCAAGUGGGGCGAGGGGUCGCGUUGUCCUGUCGAACCUUAAUUCCGAAGCCGGUCGGUUGCCUUCCAGACAGACGGGCCUGGCCUCCCCGGAGGGGACAGCUGGGCUCUCCGGCCCGGGCUCCGCCUGUGCAAAACGACAUCUUUGCCUUACUGUGUCCUGGGGCACGGCGGCCACGGGGAUGGUCAUAUGCCGGCCAGCGGUUGGGCCGGUCCUGCAGCCAGGCGGGUCUGUCCCGUGCGUUCCUGCCCCCACCCGGCCGUGGAGGCGCGUCCCCCACCAGGACCCUCCCCUCCACCCGCCUGCUUUGUUCUCCCCCCCACCCCUCAGCCGAGCCAACAGCCAGAGACGUUGAACUUUUUAUUUAUGAUAAUUAUUUUUUAAUGUUAUUUAUGUAUGAAAUUGAGUGCUUUAUACAUAGUCAUUUCCCCCCCAAAGGACCCGGGGCCAGGGGAGGUCUAUUUUCUGAAAUACUGUCUCUAGCCUCCAGAUAGCCUCCAGAAUCACCUAGAGCAUCUAGGUUCCCUGUGAUACUUCUUCCUAAAAAUCACAGGAAGGUUCUGGGUUCUGCGGGUCAGGCAGCCUCGUACAGGACCCCGAGCGGACCCAGCCCCUCUCCUCCCGCCUCUCCCCUGCGAAAGAAAGGCCUUGGAGAUCACAGGUUUAUUUUUUUACAGAAGUUGUUUUUGUGCCUAGAGUUAAAGAGUGCUUCAGACAUUUGUGAAGGUCCUGUUGUGGGUGGUGUGGCCCCGGCUUGGUACCCCCUCCUGGUGAUAGAAACACCGGCCACAGUACGACCUCUCGCAGUCGGAGAGCCCAGAGUGAAAGCCAGUCGUAGCCCUGCACGCCCAUGGCAGACUUGGGCUCAGCGCGGGCGCGGCAGAGCCAGGGGGGUGUGUGCCGGCAGCGCGCAUUUGCUCGGAAGAUGAAGCAAAGUCGAAAAGUCCUGCUCAGCCCCAAAGUCGGUGGGCGAGAGGUCGGUCCAUGCCUCCUGCGUGGUUUUCUGGUGGAAACUCCUUCCCCAUUCGUGAACCAGUUGUAGGUGCCCACUCGGGUCCUCGGGCUGGCCACCAUGGCCACAAGCUCUGUGAAUCCGUCUUUGUUUUAUUCUAAAUAAAUCAUGAGAAUUUAUUCCCA